AUGGCAGAUGAAGUUGAAAGCUGCGAAAGGCAAAGCACUUGCACUGUGGCCAUCACCCUAGAGCCUGGGCACAUAAAGGAAGUCAGCGGAAGACACCAUUCUGCCUUGAAUUGGACUUCUCCCUACUCCAUGUCAAAUUCCAACACAACUGUCUUCACUAACGGAAUUCCUGGCCUGGAGGCGGCUCAUGUCUGGAUCUCCAUCCCCUUCUGCAUCAUGUACAUCAUAGCCCUCUUGGGGAACUUUGCCAUCCUGUUCAUUGUGAAGACAGAGCCAAGCCUCCACGAGCCCAUGUACUAUUUCCUCUGCCUGCUGGCCGUCACCGACCUGGUGUUGUGUACAUCCAUCCUGCCCAAAAUGCUGGGGAUCUUUUAUUUCAAUUCAAGGGAGAUUGAUUUCAAUUCCUGCUUCACCCAGAUGUUCUUUGUUCAUGGCUUCUCAGUGAUUGACUCUGGGAUCUUCGUGGCUAUGGCUGUGGAUCGCUAUGUGGCCAUAUCCCAUCCCUUGAGAUAUUCCACCAUCAUGACAAACUCUGUUGUGGCCAUCAGUGCCCUGACGGUUGUACUGCGCGGCAUCAUACUUAUACUUCCCUUGGUCCUUGUGGCAAAGCAGUGGCCGUAUUGCAGAACCAACAUCAUCCCCCACACACAGUGUGGGCACAUGGGUGUGAUCCUCAGGGCCAUCUUCCGCCUCCCCACAAAGGACAACCGGAUCAAGACUUUUGGCACCUGUGGCUCCCACCUCUGUGCAAUGAAGGUGCCUCAGUAUUUCAAUGUUCUCAUGUCCAACCUGUGCUUCUUGGUGCCCCCCAUGCUCAACCCCAUCAUCUAUGGGGUGAAGACCAAACAGAUCCAGGAGAGGCUGCUCGGGCUAGUUAAACCUAAAGGCACCUAA